UCUCUCUCGGAAAUGUCCACCCUGGCGCCUAAAGCUUCAAUGCUGUUACGUUGGCGGCCUAUUCGGGAGGCUGCGAUGAACAGUCGAGGUUUCCAUGCGUGUGCUCGCUUGUUCUUUGAGCAGGUGGACAUCCGCGCUAAGCUCAAGACAAAUCUCAUAACGGCCAUGAAAGCAAGGGAUUCGCUCACCUCAACGACACUCAAGUCUAUCAUAGCUGAAAUCACGAACGCGGACAAAGUUGGCCCCUCUCCUAUCAAGAGCGCAGCGAUAUACAGCAUUAUCAAUAAAUCAAUCGCUCGGCGUGAAGAUGCCUCCGCUCAAUAUACAGCCGCCUCUCGUUCAGAUCUAGCCGCCAAAGAACUCACAGAAGCCUCCAUCCUCAAAUCUCUCCUUCCACCACCGCUUUCAGAUGAGGAGAUCACCAGACAUCUUACCCAUGCCAUUCAACAAGUUCGAUCUUCAUUGAUAUCUUCAUCUUCAUCAGGGAGCGUUCAUCCGGGUCCGGGCGCACUACAAGGAAAGGUGAUAAAAAUGUUUUGGAAUUUGGUCGAGCCUGGAACUGUACCUGGUGACGUCGUCGCCAAAAAGGCCAAGGAACUCCUCCUGUCACAACCAUCGACAUGAUGACCAAUGCGCUUGCUUUUGGUCCGCAAGAGGGGGGGGGACCUCCCAUUACCUGCGGAUACCUGUGACCAAAAGAGUUGUGGCGCGUUUUACCUGCGGGAUAUUGGCGGCUAGUGCUAAUACUAUACGUAGUCGGAGAUCUGCAGUUAAAGGCGCUCGGUAAAUUAUCAGUUUAUACCAUCAUUUGUUUACAUCAUUUUCGUGCACUUGAUUUGGCAUUUUCCCUGCCUAAAACGCCAACCCCAAGUCCGCAUUAGUCUUGAGUGAUACCCUCCCCCUUAAACAACAUUCCUUUAUCUAAUCUUAAUAGCUUAAGUAACAAUUUACUAAAAGGCCAGCAUCACUUCCCCUCUAGUGUACUCCUAGUUCACCUUUAAUUUUC